AUGAAGUCUAGCCGGAACGAUUUCGAAUUUCUCAUCAAUCAUGUCAUUUUGCCAGCGAAGUUACCCCAGCAGGAAGAAAACACGGACAUUGAACGAAGCGGAGAGCAGUUACUGUUGCACUUACUAUCGAAGACUCUGGAUUUAUUUCUCACAAAGUCUUCCCCCGAGGCUCGUGAAAAAUGGAGGCCAGUAUGCUAUGCACUGCGUGGUUUGUGGGACAUGACCAAUGGCUCGUUGGACUCGAAAGCCGCCAUGGAAAAGGAUCUGAAGAACCUCAAGCCUGGUGAUGCUAUGAUCGUUUUCGUUCGAGCACAGAACUCGGGACUUCUCCUCUUCCGUGAAGAUGCCGCAAAUGUCCUGGUCCAUGCCUUCGAGGCUUCAGCUGUAUCUGAAGACGUGAUGCAAUCCUCCGAUCGCCUGAUCUGGAGGUUUCCUGGCCAGACCAUCAGUUUCGGAAGCCACAUCCUCGAGGAUAGAUAUUUCACCGAUGAGUUAGCGACGAUGCUACACCAGAUGAGCAACGAGCACGUGGAAUCCUCCAUGCCGACCACUAAGAAGGCAAAUUCCAUCGUGCCAGAGGAACGUGAAACCGCCCAUCCAAGGCUGGUGACUGAGGCACUCAUUCCCAUGCUAUGUGCUUGGGGAGGACCCUGCAAAGGCCCAGAAGUUAUCAAGCAUGUCCGUGAUGAUGUCAACUGGGACAAAAGCAGGCUGCCUUGGAGACGCUCCCCGCUUUGGCUUGUUCUUCGCGUCAGCAUGCAAAUACUCUUAUCGCACACCUUUCCCGAAGACCAAGGACGAAGCCAGUACAAGAACUUUAUGGCAUUCUUCAUGGCCAGAAUCUGUACGGAAGUUGUCCAUGAACAUGCCGGGGCCGAUGUACGAAUGAUCGCUGCUGUGAAGACUGCACGGCGUUUAUCCAAACUUGGCGAUCAAGCGCUACCCUACGUUGGGGAAGCCGUCCAAGGUGCCGUGGCAGCAAUUCGCGCCGGGUUGGACUCUUCCUGGUCAGAGUUUCAGACGCAGCAAUUACUGUCCAUCCCCAAAAUAUCCCAACAAGCAACCGAUGAUGACUGCAUCCUCAACUUGAAAAAGAGCCGCGAAUACCUUCAUGCUGUUACGCGUGGUCAAACUGAAAAGCCACGCUUGCCUGAGCUCGACUUGGAAGCCGGACCUCGAUUGGAAUUCAAGGCAGAUGGCUUGCCUCGCCUAAAUCGAACAGCAGAUGCUGUUCUGAACCUGGUACUUCUUACUGACUUCGAGACUUGGGUUAUGGAAGAUCUCCAUUCGUGGACAAAAAGCCGAGAAGGAACCCCAGCAGAUUGCGACUCGUUACUUGUCGAAUUCCGCGCUUACCUCGACUUUGCUCGUGAAACGUGCAUCCUCUGA